AGAUUUGUAUGAAUAUGAAUGCGUACAGAAUGCGGUGAAGCAAGCAAGCUUAGGUGGUUUCACACAGACACAGACACAGUGGUUUCAAUUUGCUUUCUCUAUCGGAAUCCAUAACAAUUCUAUUCGGCUCGGAAGCUUGAUUUUCUUAGUGAGAUAAUUUCAAGUGGAUUCAAUGGGGAAUAUACUCAAUUCCAAUAGUUCCAAGAUUAGACGGGGUGAUCCGUAUGAGGUUUUGCAAGGGGAUUCUUGCAAGAGGCAGAGGUUGGUGACAGCCUCCUUCUCGGAGGAUAGCUCAAGACUUAUUCCUUCCCUCCCGGAUGAGCUAUCACUUCAGAUUCUAGCUAGAGUUCCUCGCAUUUGUUACUUGAAUCUCAAGUCAGUUUCUCGUCCUUGGAAGGCGGCCGUUAUGAGUUCUGAACUGUUUUCUGUGAGGAAAGAACUUGGAACUAUGGAGGAGUGGCUCUAUGUACUAACUAAGGUCGGCGAUGAUAAGCUUUUAUGGUAUGCUUUGGACCCUCGUUCCAGAAGAUGGCAGAGGUUACCAUUAAUGCCAAAUGUUAGUUUUGAAGAUGAAACAAAAAAGGAUUUGGCUGCGUUUCCUCUUCGUAUUUGGAACAUGUUGGGUUCAAGUAUCAGAAUUGCUGAUGCCAUGAUAAGCUGGCUUAGGAGAAGAGAUGCCUUGGAUCGGAUGUCAUUUGGCGGUUGCUCCAUUGGGGCUGUUGAUGGUUGCAUCUUUGCUUUAGGAGGAUUCUCUAAAGCUUCAGCUAUGAAAUCUGUUUGGCGGUAUGAUCCUGUUAAAAACUCGUGGACUGAGGCAUGUCCAAUGUCAGUUGGCAGAGCAUACUGCAAGACAGGGAUCUUAAAUGAGAAGCUUUACGUCGUUGGGGGAGUAACUAGGGGUCGUGGACCUCGUGGUGGACUGAAUCCCCUUCAAUCUGCAGAAGUGUAUGAUCCACACACAGGCACAUGGUCCCAAUUACCAAGCAUGCCUUUUGCAAAUGCUCAGGUGCUACAACCUGGUUUUCUUGCUGACUUACUCAAGCCUAUAGCCACAGGAAUGACUUCAUACAGGGGAAGGCUAUUUGUUCCUCAGAGUUUGAUUUUUUGGCCUUUUUUUGUUGAUGUUGGGGGAGAAGUUUAUGAUCCAGAUGUGAAUUCAUGGCUUGAAAUGCCAGUUGGAAUGGGUUUAGGCUGGCCUGCAAGGCAAGCUGGAACAAAAUUGAGUGUUACUGUCAAUAAUGAUCUAUAUGCACUAGAUCCUUCAAGUUCUCUUGACACUGCAAAGAUCAAGGUAUAUGAUGAUGAAGGUGAUACUUGGAAAGUUGUUGCAGGAGAUGUUCCUAUUCAUGAUUUCACUGAUUCAAAAUCCCCUUAUCUUUUAGCUAGUUUACUUGGAAAACUUCAUGUGAUAACUAAAGAUGCCAAUCACAACAUCACAGUGUUGCAGUCUGACAUGCAAAAUGAUUUAGCUUCCUCCCAGUUAGAGAAUAACAUCUGGAGGGUUUUUGCUUCGAGGUGUGUUAGAUCUGUUGAGCUAGUUAGCUGCCAACCCCUUAAAGUUUGAUUACUUGAUUGACCGUUAUGUGUUUGUUGGUUUAUUCACAAUGUAAGUGGAUAAGUGGUCCAUUCUCCACUACAUGAUCUAUCCAAUAGAUGUAAUUUCACGUUACUUCAUACACAGACAAAUUAGAAUUGUACAAAGAAGCUCAGAACAUAGAAGAUAAUAUCUAUUACAUUGAGUAUAUCCUCACACAAUUGCAUUUGCUCUUGUACAAAUGUAACUGAUACUAUCUUCAAUGAAUGCAUAUUCAAUGUAUUCUGUCA